ACACCACCCUCCACGAGCGCCGCAACCAUGGGUGUGCCCUUCGAAGCCCUCCUCCCGUACGGGAUCAUGCUCGGCAUGUUCGCGUUCAGCGCCGUGUCCGUCGGCAAGCUCAAGGAGAUGCAGAACGGAGGCAAGAAGACCAGGCGCGGAAUGGACGCAUGGGACAGGGUAAUGCUCGAGCGCGACCGCAGAUUGACGGGCUUUGCUCGCGGACAGACCGACAAGGCCGAGGCGCCGCCGGGCUUCGAGCUCAACAACCCAUGGAGGAUGGAGCAACGAUACAUUUAAGCGAUGUACACAAGCACGCAAACUGUUCGAUAGUCAAUGUACACUUCCGACCUCUCAUUCGUCAAGCCAGCGACAUCUGCCAUGUGAAGUCACGGCCCAUGCUCCAAGAUCCAGACUCUACACGCAUCUAUGCACAUUCUGGAGUCCGCUGAUACGGCACGCAAACCACUUGAACCAUGCAUCGAUCUUGAUGGGAAUUCCUACUCGUCAUCUAACUGAUCUGCGAAACUAGGCCCAGGAUGCUGUCCCUCUCCACGACACUCAGUUUGAUCCCGAAGUGCUCUUCGAUUGCCUUCACUCGAUCCUCUUCGCUCUCAAACUUAAUUUCUCUUUCCUUCUUUCCAUAGAUCCUCCAUUUCACGUCGGUGCCUAGAAUAAUGUUGCCUAUUAUGCUUCCAUCUUCGCCAAGCACCUUCUUCUCCAUGAAGACAAUCUUGGUAAAGAAGGUCGUUGGACUAGUGCUCGUGCUGAGAUUCAUAACG